AUGGAUCAGGAGACGUUAUCACGAAGCACGAUGGAUGAGAACAUUCCUCAACCUCAAUGUACGUAUCUCUCAGAAGAUACAGCACAAAACAGAAGUGUUAUUGGAGACGAGAUGAACACUGUCGAGAUGAAUACUGUCGAGAUGAACACUGUCAGGAUGAACACUGUCAGGAUGAACCGGCAGUGCUGGUGGUCACAGAGGUCACAACGGUUUGAUCACCAUAACAAGGAGACAAACAUGGAUCAGGAGCAGAGCCACAAACAAUCUGAAUUCCUUAAACAAAGUGAUGUUCGGGAAAAGCAGCUCAAAGAUCUUGAGGAGCGCCGGGAAAAGCAGCUCAAAGAUCUUGAGGAGCGCCUGGAAAAGCAGCUCAAAGAUAUUGAGGAGCGCCUGGAAAAGCAGCUCAAAGAUCUUGAGGAGCGCCGGGAAAAGCAGCUCAAAGAUCUUGAGGAGCGCCGGGAAAAACAGCUAAAAGAUCUUGAGGAGUACCAUUGUCAACUCUAUGCUGAAUUCAUUGAGUCCAGAGUUUGUCAGAAGAGGGAAGAAAAUGUUACCCUCAAAAGGCAGUUGAAGUGUCAGCAGGAAGAACAUGAAGUUAUCCGCAAGUCGGUGAAAAUACCCAUCGAGCAGGAAGCAGAAAAUACAGCACAAAACACAAGUGUUAUUGGAGACGAGAUGAACACUGUCGAGACGAACCGGCAGUGCUGGUGGUCAGGGUGGUCACGCUGGUUACGGUGGUCAUGGUGGUCACGCUGGUUACGGUGGUUUGAUCACCAAAACAAGGAGACAAACAUGGAUCAGGAGCAGAUCCAUAAACAGCGACAAGACAUUCAGGAGUUAAGGCAGAAACCUGAAUUCCUCAAACAAAGUGAUGUUAUGGAAAAGCAGCUAAAAGAUCUUGAGGAGCACCGGGAAAAGCUGCAAAAAGAGAUCAAGGGAGUCAAAUCGCUCAUUGCCUACGAACGGUGGAGACCUCAUCAGGAGAUGGACACACUUCGUAACGAAAUUGAGACCAUCAGAAGGCAGUUGAAUCAGGGGGAAGAAUAUGAGAUGGACAGUGAUGAGAUGAACCAGGAGCCCUCGUGGUUUGAGAACUAUGAGGUUGCAGAUAAACUCCCCCUUGAGAGCACUUCCUCUGCUACUGACGAUGGUAUAAUCAUUAGCGAGGAUAGUGUGAAAAGACUUCUGGAGAAGGUUAAUUGUACGGAUCUCUCAGAAGAUACAGCACAAAACAGAACUGUUAUUGGAGACGAGAUGAACACUGUCGAGAUGAACACUGUCGAGAUGAACACUGUCGAGAUGAACACUGUCGAGAUGAACAUUGUCGAGAUGAACACUGUCGAGAUGAACACUGUCAGGAUGAACACUGUCGAGAUGAGCACUGUCGAGAUGAACACUGUCAGGAUGAACACUGUCAGGAUGAACCGGCAGUGCUGGUGGUCACAGAGGUCACAAUGGUUUGAUCACCAUAACAAGGAGACAAACAUGGAUCAGGAGCAGAGCCACAAACAGCUAGAAAAGCAGCUAAAAGAUCUUGAGGAACAAUGGGAAAAGCAGCUCAAAGAUCUUGAGGAGCGCCGGGAAAAGCAACUAAAAGAUCUUGAGGAGCGCCAGGAAAAACAGCUAAAAGAUCUUGAGGAGUACCAUUGUCAACUCUAUGCUGAAUUCAUUGAAUCCAGAGUUUGUCAGAAGAGGGAAGAAAAUGUUACCCUCAAAAGGCAGUUGAAGUGUCAGCAGGAAGAACAUGAAGUUAUCUGCAAGUCGGUGAAAAUACCCAUCGAGCAGGAAGCAGAAAAUACAGCACAAAACACAAGUGUUAUUGGAGACGAGAUGAACACUGUCGAGACGAACCGGCAGUGCUGGUGGUCAGGGUGGUCACGCUGGUUACGGUGGUCAUGGUGGUCACGCUGGUUACGGUGGUCAUGGUGGUUACAGUGGUUUGAUUACCAAAACAAGGAGUCAAACAUGGAUCAGGAGACGUUAUCACGAAGCACGAUGGAUGAGAACAUUCCUCAACCUCAAUGUACGUAUCUCUCAGAAGAUACAGCACAAAACAGAAGUGUUAUUGGAGACGAGAUGAACACUGUCGAGAUGAAUACUGUCGAGAUGAACACUGUCAGGAUGAACACUGUCAGGAUGAACCGGCAGUGCUGGUGGUCACAGAGGUCACAACGGUUUGAUCACCAUAACAAGGAGACAAACAUGGAUCAGGAGCAGAGCCACAAACAAUCUGAAUUCCUUAAACAAAGUGAUGUUCGGGAAAAGCAGCUCAAAGAUCUUGAGGAGCGCCGGGAAAAGCAGCUCAAAGAUCUUGAGGAGCGCCUGGAAAAGCAGCUCAAAGAUAUUGAGGAGCGCCUGGAAAAGCAGCUCAAAGAUCUUGAGGAGCGCCGGGAAAAGCAGCUCAAAGAUCUUGAGGAGCGCCGGGAAAAACAGCUAAAAGAUCUUGAGGAGUACCAUUGUCAACUCUAUGCUGAAUUCAUUGAGUCCAGAGUUUGUCAGAAGAGGGAAGAAAAUGUUACCCUCAAAAGGCAGUUGAAGUGUCAGCAGGAAGAACAUGAAGUUAUCCGCAAGUCGGUGAAAAUACCCAUCGAGCAGGAAGCAGAAAAUACAGCACAAAACACAAGUGUUAUUGGAGACGAGAUGAACACUGUCGAGACGAACCGGCAGUGCUGGUGGUCAGGGUGGUCACGCUGGUUACGGUGGUCAUGGUGGUCACGCUGGUUACGGUGGUUUGAUCACCAAAACAAGGAGACAAACAUGGAUCAGGAGCAGAUCCAUAAACAGCGACAAGACAUUCAGGAGUUAAGGCAGAAACCUGAAUUCCUCAAACAAAGUGAUGUUAUGGAAAAGCAGCUAAAAGAUCUUGAGGAGCACCGGGAAAAGCUGCAAAAAGAGAUCAAGGGAGUCAAAUCGCUCAUUGCCUACGAACGGUGGAGACCUCAUCAGGAGAUGGACACACUUCGUAACGAAAUUGAGACCAUCAGAAGGCAGUUGAAUCAGGGGGAAGAAUAUGAGAUGGACAGUGAUGAGAUGAACCAGGAGCCCUCGUGGUUUGAGAACUAUGAGGUUGCAGAUAAACUCCCCCUUGAGAGCACUUCCUCUGCUACUGACGAUGGUAUAAUCAUUAGCGAGGAUAGUGUGAAAAGACUUCUGGAGAAGGUUAAUUGUACGGAUCUCUCAGAAGAUACAGCACAAAACAGAACUGUUAUUGGAGACGAGAUGAACACUGUCGAGAUGAACACUGUCGAGAUGAACACUGUCGAGAUGAACACUGUCGAGAUGAACAUUGUCGAGAUGAACACUGUCGAGAUGAACACUGUCAGGAUGAACACUGUCGAGAUGAGCACUGUCGAGAUGAACACUGUCAGGAUGAACACUGUCAGGAUGAACCGGCAGUGCUGGUGGUCACAGAGGUCACAAUGGUUUGAUCACCAUAACAAGGAGACAAACAUGGAUCAGGAGCAGAGCCACAAACAGCUAGAAAAGCAGCUAAAAGAUCUUGAGGAACAAUGGGAAAAGCAGCUCAAAGAUCUUGAGGAGCGCCGGGAAAAGCAACUAAAAGAUCUUGAGGAGCGCCAGGAAAAACAGCUAAAAGAUCUUGAGGAGUACCAUUGUCAACUCUAUGCUGAAUUCAUUGAAUCCAGAGUUUGUCAGAAGAGGGAAGAAAAUGUUACCCUCAAAAGGCAGUUGAAGUGUCAGCAGGAAGAACAUGAAGUUAUCUGCAAGUCGGUGAAAAUACCCAUCGAGCAGGAAGCAGAAAAUACAGCACAAAACACAAGUGUUAUUGGAGACGAGAUGAACACUGUCGAGACGAACCGGCAGUGCUGGUGGUCAGGGUGGUCACGCUGGUUACGGUGGUCAUGGUGGUCACGCUGGUUACGGUGGUCAUGGUGGUUACAGUGGUUUGAUUACCAAAACAAGGAGUCAAACAUGGAUCAGGAGACGUUAUCACGAAGCACGAUGGAUGAGAACAUUCCUCAACCUCAAUGUACGUAUCUCUCAGAAGAUACAGCACAAAACAGAAGUGUUAUUGGAGACGAGAUGAACACUGUCGAGAUGAAUACUGUCGAGAUGAACACUGUCAGGAUGAACACUGUCAGGAUGAACCGGCAGUGCUGGUGGUCACAGAGGUCACAACGGUUUGAUCACCAUAACAAGGAGACAAACAUGGAUCAGGAGCAGAGCCACAAACAAUCUGAAUUCCUUAAACAAAGUGAUGUUCGGGAAAAGCAGCUCAAAGAUCUUGAGGAGCGCCGGGAAAAGCAGCUCAAAGAUCUUGAGGAGCGCCUGGAAAAGCAGCUCAAAGAUAUUGAGGAGCGCCUGGAAAAGCAGCUCAAAGAUCUUGAGGAGCGCCGGGAAAAGCAGCUCAAAGAUCUUGAGGAGCGCCGGGAAAAACAGCUAAAAGAUCUUGAGGAGUACCAUUGUCAACUCUAUGCUGAAUUCAUUGAGUCCAGAGUUUGUCAGAAGAGGGAAGAAAAUGUUACCCUCAAAAGGCAGUUGAAGUGUCAGCAGGAAGAACAUGAAGUUAUCCGCAAGUCGGUGAAAAUACCCAUCGAGCAGGAAGCAGAAAAUACAGCACAAAACACAAGUGUUAUUGGAGACGAGAUGAACACUGUCGAGACGAACCGGCAGUGCUGGUGGUCAGGGUGGUCACGCUGGUUACGGUGGUCAUGGUGGUCACGCUGGUUACGGUGGUUUGAUCACCAAAACAAGGAGACAAACAUGGAUCAGGAGCAGAUCCAUAAACAGCGACAAGACAUUCAGGAGUUAAGGCAGAAACCUGAAUUCCUCAAACAAAGUGAUGUUAUGGAAAAGCAGCUAAAAGAUCUUGAGGAGCACCGGGAAAAGCUGCAAAAAGAGAUCAAGGGAGUCAAAUCGCUCAUUGCCUACGAACGGUGGAGACCUCAUCAGGAGAUGGACACACUUCGUAACGAAAUUGAGACCAUCAGAAGGCAGUUGAAUCAGGGGGAAGAAUAUGAGAUGGACAGUGAUGAGAUGAACCAGGAGCCCUCGUGGCACGUCCCCAGUGUGCACUGGAUGAGCCGCACAGCACCCUGGUGCAUCACGUUUGGUGUGCUCAGGACAUAA